UCUAAGCUGUGCCUUUAGGCCUUGCUAAAACAAGUCUGCAAUCUGGUUAUCUGGGUUGUUCCUUUCAAUGAUGUCAGCAGUUGGAUUGAUAUCAAACGGCUCGCUCCAGUCUAAGUGGAUCCUGAUCUAAGUCUAAAAGGAAUUGCUCAUCAGAAGAUUCCAACUGCUGGUCCUAUAAAGGUUGGGAGAUGGGUCAUGGGUGCAGCUCUGCAACUGCAAAUAGGGGCCAGAGACAGAGAGAGAUGGGUGGUGAGCUUUGUACAAGGCUACGACAGUCAUGGAGAAGAUUGGAAGGAGGUUUAAAUGAUGCGGUUUCUAAGAGCAGGGUAGGAAGAUAUUUCAAGCUGGAGGCUAGGAAGAGCUGCUUUACAAAGGAAGUGCGUGCAGGGACUGCUACCUUCCUCACGAUGGCCUACAUCAUCACUGUUAAUGCCACCAUACUUGGAGACUCCGGCGGGACGUGCUCCGUCUCUGAUUGCACCAUUGACAUACAUCUCGCAAACGCAAAUGCAUCGACAUCGACAACACAGCACAAGCUAGGGCCGGACUGCAAGCUCAAAGCAAAUGUGGGUUAUGACAACUGCCUGUCAAAAACCAAAAGCGACCUCAUAGUGGCCACCGCUGUGUCUUCCAUGAUUGCUUGCUUCGCUAUGGGGCUGUUAGCCAACUUACCCUUCGCCUUGGCUCCAGGUAUGGGGGUUAAUGCCUAUUUUGCAUACGACUUGGUGGGGUAUCAUGGAUCAGGUUCCAUCUCAUACCAAACGGCGCUGGCGAUAGUGUUGGUGGAGGGCUGUGUUUUUCUUGCGAUAGCUGCAUUUGGUUUGCGCGCAAGGCUUGCGCGUCUCAUCCCUCGGCCAGUCCGGCUUGCCUGUGCGGCGGGCAUCGGCCUUUUCAUUGCAUUCGUCGGCCUGCAGUCUCAACAAGGCGUUGGCCUUGUGGGACCGAGUUCUUCCACCUUGGUGACCCUCGCGGCUUGCUCCCGCACGAACCCAGUCACAGGCGAGUGCGAGAACGGAAAGAUGCAAAGCCCCACGUUCUGGCUCGGCGCUGUGGGCUUCCUAGUAACGUGCUACGGGCUGAUGAAGGAAAUCAGGGGCAGCAUGAUCUAUGGCAUCCUGUUUGUGACGUUGGUUUCAUGGAUUAGGGGCACCAGCGUAACGUAUUUUCCUAAUACCACUCUCGGCGACACCAACUACAAAUAUUUCAAGCAGGUGGUGGAGUUCCAUAAAAUCAAGAGCACUGCUGGGGCUGUAAGUUUCAGAGGGUUCAACAGAAGUGAGGUCUGGGUAGCCUUGGUUACGUUGCUCUACGUGGAUGUGUUGGCCACGACGGGGACAUUGUACUCGGUGGCUGAAGUUGGGGAAUUUAUAGAUGAGAAUGGGAGUUUUGAAGGAGAGUACUUGGCAUACAUGGUUGAUGCAGGGUCUACGGUUGUGGGUUCGGCGCUGGGAGUAUCCCCCAUUGCGACAUACAUAGAGUCAUCGGCAGGGAUCAGAGAAGGAGGUCGGACAGGAUUAACAGCUCUGGUUGUGGGGUUCUACUUCUUCUUGUCGUUGUUCUUCACGCCUCUUUUGGCAAGUGUUCCACCAUGGGCCAUAGGGCCUUCUCUGAUCAUGGUUGGAGUGAUGAUGAUGAGGGUGGCCAAAGACAUAGAGUGGGUGAAGGUUAAGGAAGGUGCUCCUGCAUUUGUUACCAUGAUGCUCAUGCCAUUCACCUAUUCUAUAUCCAAUGGGGUUAUCGGUGGGGUUGGGCUUUACGUGGCUCUUAGCCUAUAUGAUCUUAUUUUGAGCUCUUUAACAUGGUUGAUGAACAUGAGGAAGGUUGUAGGUGGAAUUAGAAAUCAAGUCAAUGCAACUGCUACUGCUGAUUCAUCGGCUGACUUGUUGUAACUCAACUUUUAAUUUUCCAUCGGUAGCUUCAAGCCUUCAACUUCAAGUUUGUAACUAUUUCUAUGUAUCUUUAGUCUUUAAAAUAUAUAUAAUGCCCAUAUGCUUCGUCUUCA